GAUGCCGGGUGUGCCAGCAAAAUCACCGGCUUUCGUCAGACGAAGGGCAUGAAUCGCUUCCGAUGUGAGCGCUGCGACUUCGACUACUGCGAGAAGUGCUACUUCCUGCGAACGGGCGCAAAGCUGUGCCUAAAAGGGCACCCGCUCGUACCGCUGGGCACAACCAGGGACAACGGCUGGAGUUGCGACAACUCUCGCAUGAGCAUUGGAUGCAUGAGGGAGAACAAGACCAAAGGCAUCAAUCGAUACCGCUGCGAGCAGUGCGACUUCGACUUGUGCGAUUUGUGCUUUCAGAGGCACAUAGGUCAUGUGAACAACAACAUCGAGAACCUGAAGACCUCCUCGGUGGAACUUCACAGUGAAGGCUCUGACCCAGAGACCAACACAGUCUGGCUCUUUCAUGGCACCAACGAUGAGGCUGCGGAAAAAAUUACCAAGGGCGAUUUCUUGGUUGAUAAAGCAGGAUCCAACGCAGGCACCCUCUACGGAAGAGGUAUCUACAUGGCAGAAAGCUGUAGUAAGUCCGACGAGUACUCGAAAGAGAAUUCAGAGGGACUUCGCUGCAUGCUGAUCUGCCGCGCGGUCCUCGGAAAUGUGCUAUAUUGUGAUGAGGUUGCACCAAACGUUGACAGUUUGGUUAGGCAGUGCCUCCACGGCAAUUACCACAGCCUACUGGGAGAUCGCGAGAAAUGCCGCGGAACCUUCCGAGAGUUUAUCGUCUACGAUGACGAUCAGGUGAUUCAGCUCUCGGCCCCUGCAAGGGCGGCCCCGUGUGGGGUCCUGGAUGGCAGGGAUCACCGGGAUCCCGAAUGUGCGCCGCCUCCCUUCGCCCCACGAGGCCGCGCGCUGGCGCCGGCCAAGGCCUUGGCGAUGGACUGCGUCGCGACGACGAGACGCGGGCAUCCGCCGGGCGAGAGCCUGGCCCUUGUACGAGAGAUCCUGGAGCAUACAGGUUGGUCCCGCCGCAGCUCUUUCCUGAUCUUUGCUGCUCCUCCCGAUCUCGGUGAAGAGGACGCGCUGGAUCAGCACGCUGCGCUGGCGGAGCAGAGGGAGGUCUCAGCUUUUCCUGGGGCUCGGGCCUGGCUCUUGAAAAUCUCCGAGGUCUUGACGGAGAUCGGCCGAAAUCGACUCCGCGUGCGGCAAACGCAGCUGUCUUUCGGUGAGCUCGAGGUGGAGGAAUCGCUGGAAGCAGCCCGAUGCAUCAGCACCCUUGAUGCCGGAGACACUCAGAAAGUCAUGCGCCUUGCAGGACGUGUUCGCGCAGCUGUGCGCGAUCUGCGAACGGCAGCAAGGCUAAAGCAGCAAGAACAGGUGAUUGUGAACAAGCACCUGACGCAAGCUGACAUCGAGAUCGAGAAGAGUCGGCAGGAAAUGACCUGCAUGAAGGAGGUGAUCGAUGACAAAUCGCUGCUGGUAGCCACGGAUGACUCGCAACCCGCAGCGGCACUGCCUCUUGACGCGGAAGGUCGGCCACUGCAACAAAGGUAUCGGUACUGCACGAACUGCAAGGUCGGGGGUCACGGCCAGAGGUUCUGCGAGUACCUGCUGGAGAGACCAGAUUGGCGAGUCUAUCCCAAUCAGAAAUGGUUUGAGGACGAGAAGGGCAAUGAAUAUCAUUGCCCACUGGGUAAAAAGCUCGUGGACUUUGCCGACGAGUCACACUUCAGCCGCAUUGCGAUGUACCUCAAAGGCAGGGCGUGGCUGGAGGAGAAGACCAAGGUGCUGGAGCUGGCGCCGGGGAAGAUGCCGGAGACGUACAUUCUCGAGAAUGGCGCGUGGAGAGGCUCCCCGCCACCAGAUUUGGAGGCCUCUGAUGUCCCAUGGUUCGUGAAGGAAGCGGACAGAAACUGGGGCACGUCGGUGCACGUGGUCGCCAAGCCUUCAGACUGUUUCAGCUUGGUGAAGCCAGAAGGCGUCUACGUGGUUCAACCGCACAUCAAGGAUCCGCUCUUGACAGAUGAUGGCCGCAAGUGCCACAUCAAGUUCUACGUGCUGCUUGUGGGCUUCGAAGAUGGAGUCCGGUGGCAUCUGUACACAUUUCAGGAUGGCUACCUGUCCAUCUCUCCGAACAAGUGGUCGCCCACUGAUCUGUCAAAAGACACUCAGGUGACCAUCAUCCGCACCGAGCGGAUUGGCGGCUGGAAGGCCUGGGCCGAUGCCUACCCGAAGUGCAAGGCCGUGGUCGCCGAGGUGAUCCAGCGCGCCGUCGCCCUCGGCAAGCUCGAAGGCCGGCUGAACAAGGUCCAAUUUGAGAUCUUCUCUGCGGACUUCAUCGUGGACACGCGUGGAGAUGUGUGGCUCUUCGAGUUCAACAUGAGCCCUGUGCUGAAAGACCCGAAGGAUGCCCCGAAGGUGAAUGACGCGGACAUGGUGCGGGGUGCACUCUCUAUCGUGGCUCCUUGGACCGGUGGAAGCCCUUCGCUCUGGGACUUUGCCGGGGAGUUCAAGGGACAGAAACCGCAGCCCAAGGCAAGGAUCCGGUCCGGUCGGUCUGGGGUUUAG